AUGCCUGUCUCACAAUGGCAAAGAUCAAUUGCUAGUGAACUUUCAUGGAAUUUAACAAUUGAUUCAACAGCUAUUGUUGUUACAGGUUCAAUGUCAAUCGGUACAGUAAUAAUGCAACUUGUGAAUCGUCUUGAUGGAACUGAAGAUUAUUCUGAUCAUGCACUUUGGUGGCCAAAAGCAAGUAUCUGGUUAACAAAUACUAGGCGAACACUUGAUCAAUAUGGAAUUCAAGCUGAUAGUUAUUUAACAUUUACAACUAUGCAUAAAUUGAUUCGCUUACAAUUACCCGAUUUACGUAUUCUAUCACAUUAUGUUGAUUUUUCUGUGUCAGUUUAUGUAUCUGUUUGUAAAAUUUGUAAAGAUUUUGGAAUUCGUCAUGCUGAAGAACUUUCAAUUUUACGUUUACCAAAAGUUUCCAAUGCAAAUGAGCAUCGUGCAUCAUUUCGUCGUCGACGUGACAAUUCAAAUACACUUCAUCGACACCAUUCAAUGGGUGAUUCAUUAGCGACAAAUACUUUAGCAAAGUCAACAUCGUUUUCAACGGCAACAUUAAAACUUCGAUCAACAGCUACAAUUGAUAAACUAACAGAACCAUCAUUUCAUAGUGAUUAUUCGACAUCAAGCUUAUCAAAAUCACUUAAUCUCUUAAACUCAAGUACUGAUGGAAAUUUUGCUCGAACACCAUUGACAGCAAGAAAGAAUCUUUUACCACAAGUCAUGCAAUCAAUAAAUUUAAUUGAAAAAUCUAAAUUAAAUAGUCUAUGGCUGGAUUCAUCGAAAUCAUUAAUGGAACAAGAUAUUAAUGAGAACGAUGUAAUUUUAUUACGUUUCAAAUAUUAUUCGUUUUAUGAUUUAAAUCCUAAAGUUGAUGCAAUACGAAUAAAUCAAUUGUAUGAACAAGCCAAAUGGUCUAUAUUAAAUGAAGAUACAGAUUGUACAGACGAAGAAAUGAUAACAUUUGCUGCCUUGCAACUUCAGAUUCAAAUUCAAUCUUCUUCAUCAUCAUCGUUAUCAAUCAUUACUUCUAAUUAUGAUGUUGAUACUCUUCAUCAAUAUGACAAUCACGAUGUUGAGCAAGCACUUGAACAUUUACAAAAUUCACUAUUGGGAAAAGCCCAAGUUCGAUCAGUAAAUUCAACUCGACCAUUAAAUAUUCAACAACAAAGAAAAGAAGAGCUACGCGAUUAUUUACGUAUAUUUAAAUCACGUCGAUUUGCAUUUAAAUCAUACAAACGUUAUUGGUUUGUUCUAAGCGACAGUCAAUUAACUUAUUAUACAAAUGAAUCUCAACAAUAUCGUGCACCGAUUGAAAAAAUUUCACUUAGAGGUUGUGAAAUUCUUGCUGAUAUGAAUACAUCAGCAACAAAAUAUUUAAUUCGUUUAAUGAUACCAUCGAUUGAUGGUAUGAAUCAAACAUUAAUCAAGUGUUCAACAGAAAAACAGUAUGCAACAUGGAUAGCUGCAUUACGUCUUGCAUCAAAAGGUCAAUCAGUAGAUGAAAUAUCCUAUGAGACCGAACGCGAAUCAAUCUUAGCAUUAUUUAAUAUGAAAAAUUCAUCAUCAAAUUCCCACCAGAAUAAAUUUAAUAUUCAACCAGAAAAUUAUGUUUCGAAGAAAAUUUCAAAAAAAUAUAAAACUAAACAGUUGACUGAACGCAUUUUGGAAGCAUACGCUACUGUGAGUAAUCUAGAUGGUAUCGAAGCUAAAUUACGAUAUUUGAAAGCUUGGCAAUCUUUACCUGAAUAUGGAAUUUCAACGUUUGUUGUUAAAUUUAAUGAUUCAAAUAAAAAAGAAGAAUUAUUUGGUAUUAGUUCGAAUCGCCUCUUGCGUAUGACAAUGACAGGCGAGACAAUAAAAACAUGGUGGAUAUCUCGAAUGCGUUCAUGGAAUGUUAAUUGGCAAAAUAAAUUAUUAAACAUUGAAUUCGAUGGUGAAACAAUAGAAUUUUUACCAUUAUAUGAUACGGACAGUAAAUGUAUACAUGAAUUUAUUGGCGCUUACAUCUUUUUAGCUAUGCGAUCAACAGCAAAAUUGUCUGAUAACGAUGAUCCACUUAAACAAGAAACACUUUUUCAACAGCUUACGGCCGCUUAUAUUUAA